GGGGGAGGAGGAAGAGGAGGGGAGAAGGAGGAAGAGAGGAAGUCGUGAUAUCAGGGAAGAGACUUAGGAUGGGCUGCAGAUCGGCCGUUAAGUUCACCGCGAAGGAAGGGUGCGAUCGAGGGCAACUCGAGACGACCACUUCGUCGUCGGUGAGGUGCACCGAGGUCAACGACUUCUUCACCGAGGCUAAGCGCCUGCUACUAAGGCAGCUUGGUAAGAAGCGUGCCGGUGAAGAAGAAGAAGAAGAAGAAGAAGAAAAAGAAGAAGAAAAAGACAUAGAAGAAGAGAAAGUAAGGACGAGGAGAAGACCGAUUGAAGAAGAAGAAGAAGAAGAAGAAGAAAAAAAAGAAGAAGAUAAUACGAGUCAGUGGUUGGAAUACAAAAAUUCGAUUAACCUGUACAUCUCGGACGUAGCUCGUCGAAGAACUAACUAUCAGGAGGAAUUAUCCUCUUUAGAAAGAUAGCUGCAAAGUGAUAAUGCAGAGAUUGCGUUCGACCUUCAAGAGGUCGCGCACACCUACGGGCGCGGAAAUGAAGUCGCAGUCGAGUUUGGAAGUACCGAAACAAGUAAGAUCGGCCUCCUUCGACGAGAUCCAACUGGAGGCACAACGACAGGACGAUGCGACAGGUGGUGGUGGUGGUGGUGGUACCGGUGGUUCUUCUUAUUACGGCGAAGCGUCGAGAUCACCGAGAACUACGUCCUCCUCGUCUUCCUCUUGUUCACCUGCAAGAUCACAGGAUUCGGUUGGACGUGGUGGAAGAAGAUCGUCUACUUUAAGAGUACCACAGUUUCAAACUGGACAACGUUCCAAGAGUUUCGACGUUUAUGAGAGAAACGUCGGUUUACCACCGUCGCAAUCGUCCCUCGGUGCGAUUCGAAAAUUCGUAGAAACACCGACCAUACAGGUUUCCGGUUGUUAUCAUUGUGCAUGCGUCGAGGAAUACAAGAGUCUCUUUCUUAGCAAAGACGACGACGAAACAACUACCACCACUACCACCACUACAGCUUCCUCGUCUAGAGACGACGAGGACGAGGAUAAAGAAGCGUCCGGAACCGAGGAGGAUCGCGAUGUCAACGAUUUUGACAAUGCCGACGAGGACGAAGAGGAAGAGAAUGCGUCUGACAACGAGCUCGAUUACAAGUUCGAAUCCAAGAGAGACGGUAGUCCAGAAAUAAGAGUCACUUUUACCGCGUUCACCGAAAAAACCUCCGAUGAAUCACCAUCUCCGUCUCCUUCGUCCAACGUAAUCAUCACGGAAACCAACGAUGACUCCGAUAUCGUUACCUCUAAUUUAAUCGGCACGACCAGCGUUACAUCCGAGGUCAAGGUCGAACUAUAUCCCGAGAGACAACGGAGAAGGUCGAUAGCUUAUCCGAAAUUGUCGAGACAAGAGGCACUUACCUCUUACCCUCCCGACUUACCUUCCUCACUCUCGGGAUCGCGCGAAGACGAAGACAAGGACGAUGACGGGGCUGUCGGUGUUACCGGUGUUAACGACAACGAGGAACCCGAUCGUAAUAAAGACGAGAUCGACUCCAAAUCGGACAACUGCAAACUCGUCGUCAGAGACAUAUUUCUCACUGUACCCGAACUUAAAAGGGAUAGGGCUGCCUCCGUCGAUUCCUGUUUUAACAAUAACAAAAACGACAAGUCCGAAGAUUCUCAUUCCCUAGACGUUCCGCAACAAAGUAUCAGAUCUAAAAGCGUCGACAUCGUUCUACCAACCGAGGUUCAAACAAGAUACACCGCGUUACUACCUGGAACCAACGAGGCCCGACCUCCAAGAGGAGGAAGGGAAGAAGGUGCCGCGAGUGGUGGUCAACGCGAACUCCGAUCGACCCCCGAUUGGGGUGGUACUGCAUACAAUGGUGAACAUUUUUGGGUACCAACAGCUGCAUCUGGUGACUUUUGUUACGUCAAUGAUUGUUCGAAACAUGGACCACGGAUGAAGUGUUCCGCUUGUCGCGUCGUUGUACACGCAGUGUGCGCUCCUAGCUUGAAUUUUACCUGCAAGACCAGUUUCCGGGACGUUGGAGUACGACAGUAUCGUGAACAAACAACAACGAAUCAUCAUUGGGUACAUAGACGUUCGCAAAAGGGAAAAUGCGCUAAUUGCGGUAAGAGCUUCCAAUCGAAGCUGAGUUUUACAUCGAAGGAGAUAGUCGCAGUUAAUUGUAGCUGGUGUAAGGCUGCUUAUCAUAACAAGGAGGCAUGCUUUAACGUCGACAAAAUCGGUGAGAAUUGCGAACUCGGUACGCAUUCGUCUAUAAUAGUACCGCCAUCUUGGAUCGUGAAAUUACCGAGAAAGGGUAGCUUCAAAAGUAGCUUGAGAAAGUCACCGAAAAGAAGAAAAAGCGGAAGUGGCCCGUCGACUUCUAAUACUAGUCGUAGGAAAUCUAGGGACAAGGAAAAGGAAAAGGAACAGAAAGAGGAUCAAGGAAAAUUUUGGGUUGUCAAACCAAUUCCAACCGCUACCGUAAGACCGGUAUUAGUUUUCAUCAAUCCAAAGUCCGGAGGCAAUCAGGGAGCUAAAUUGUUACAGAAGUUUCAAUGGCUCUUGAAUCCUCGACAGGUCUUCGAUCUGACCCAAGGCGGACCUAAAAUGGGAUUGGAACUCUUUAAGAGAGUACCAAACUUGCGAGUAUUAGCUUGUGGCGGGGACGGUACAGUCGGUUGGGUCUUAUCUAUUUUGGAUCAAAUCGGUGCCUCAUCACCACCUGCUGUCGGUGUCCUUCCACUUGGUACUGGAAACGAUUUGGCCAGAGCACUUGGCUGGGGUGGUGGUUACACCGACGAACCAAUCGGCAAAAUAUUAUCGAGUAUCGGCGAGAGCGAAACUAUAUUAUUGGACAGAUGGCAAUUAGUGGUAGAGAGAAAUCCGGACAUUCAAAACGACGACGACAGUGGAAAGGCAAAGGAAAAUCUUCCUUUGAACGUCGUCAACAAUUAUUUCUCACUUGGCGUGGACGCUCACAUCGCCCUUGAGUUUCACGAGGCCAGAGAGGCACAUCCAGAGAAAUUCAAUUCGAGAUUGAGAAACAAGAUGUUUUAUGGUCAAAUGGGCGGUAAGGAUUUGGUCCGAAGAAAAUGGAAAGAUCUUUCGGAAUUUGUUACAUUGGAAUGCGACGGACAAGAUCUAACACCGAAAUUAAAGGAACACCGUGUACACGCAAUAGUAUUUUUGAAUAUCGCCUCGUACGGUGGUGGGACACAUCCAUGGUGCGCUGGUAGUACUACGAAGGAACCAUCGACCGAGGAUGGUUUGAUCGAAGUAGUUGGUUUGACGACUUAUCAAUUGCCUUUGUUGCAAGCUGGUGGUCAUGGUACUUGCAUAGCACAAUGCAGCAAAGCUAAACUUGUCACUACGAGGACCAUUCCGAUGCAGGUCGACGGAGAAGCCUGCCGAUUGUUACCAUCGAUCAUAAAUUUGAGUCUCCUUAACAAAGCAACGAUGCUUGCCAAAAGAAGAAACACCGGCCAGCCGCAACAGGACGUGGCCAAAUUAGAAAGAUUGAAUUUACCAGUUAUGAGGAUAAAGAUGUCCGAUUACGAGACUUAUUAUCAUGACAAGGAUAGAUUAAAAAAAGUUGCUGAAUUAUUGAUGUCUGAUCCAUUGGAUCUGGAUGCUACGACCGAUUUGGUAUCCUUAAGAAAUAUUCUAGCGAAGAAUUAUAAUAUGGAUGCUUGCUGUUUCCUCGAUUCCUGUACAGCCGAAAGAUUCUUCAGGAUCGAUCGAGGCCAGGAACAAUUGCAUUACGUUACCGACGUUGCAGCUGACGUUGUUUAUAUUCUCGAGGAAAGUAGCCCAAGUCAGGUUGUACCAACUAUAGAGACCGAAAUCACAGCGAGCCAGGAACCGGAAACGGCUCAUCCUUCGCCUAGCGAAGAACGUCCAAGAGAAAGGCCAGCCAUGACAAAAGCAGACCCUACGAGUGACAACGAUGGCUCCUCGGUUGUCAAAGAAGAUGAAUCUCAAGAAGGAAAACUCGCACAAACGAAGGUUCAAGAGGGAUCAACGUCUCCGAAGGAAACUAAGAUCGUCGUCGGACCUACUACGAAGUCGGCAAAUGCAACAUUACAACCUAGUGUUUCGAAUUUGCCGGCAGAAGAGAAGAAUAGGAAGGUCGAUGAGGAGAAGGUCGAUGUCAACGUCGAAGUCAAGGUCGAGGAGGAAGUGCGAGAUUCACAGAAGACUAUUAAUGUAGGAACGCGUAAAAAGACGACGGAAGAAGAAACGAGAGAUGACGAUGAAACGAAACAAACUUCUAAACAGGGUGGUAGCUCCUCAAAGGCAAUUACUACGUCUAAUGUUAAUAGAUCAGCCGAUCAAACGUCCUUCACAUUUAUCAGUCCCCGAGAUAGAUUAUUCGGGCUAAGCUCCGAAGUUCAUACCUUUAAUACCGGUCUACUCGAAAAAACGUCGGAUGGAAUAUUGAAAGCCGCAAAGAUCGGUGAUUUACCGGCCCUCAAGGAACUCCACGAAAAGGGAUAUUCCCUUUUAUCUAUCGAUACUACUGGACAGACUGCUUUGCAUUUGGCAUCUAGAUAUGGUCAUAAGAAUAUCAUUAGAUAUCUCAUUGCCUGUGCCCCGCCGACGAUCCUCGAUAUAGUUGAUAACGACAAAGGUCAAACGGCACUACACAAAGCCGCACAACACAAAAAACGUACGAUUUGUUGCAUGCUAGUUGCGGGUGGUGCAACCCUAACAGUGAAAGAUCGACAUGGUCAUACACCUAGGCAAUUAGCUUUGAUAGCUGAGGAUCGUGAACUUGCGGCGUAUUUGCAAAGUCAGGAACAGUUCCAGUUAGUCGUGGAGGAACAGUAAUUCGUAAUUGUUAAAUCGUCUCGCGUCCUUUUACAGGACAAUUGGAUGAAUAUUUUUCUUCCGGUCAAUAACAUAUAUAUACAUACGUAUACAAAUUUCUUUGGGGCUAUCCUACGUAAGUCAGAUGCGAUAAUUCGAAUAAUAAUGGAUUCCGAUGAUAUCAGUACACACACAUAUAUAUAUAUAUAUAUGUAUGUAUGUAUGUAUAUAUAUGUAUAUAUGUAUAUAUUAUAUUGCAAACAGUAUUUCUGAAUUAUUCUGUAUUCCGAUUUAAAACGAAAAAAUGAAAAAGAAAAGGGAAAAAUGAGAAAAGAAAGAACAUUUUCUCUUUUAAAGGGCACACAUACUCUACGUUAUACAUACAUACAUACAUACAUACAUACAUACAUACAUACAUAC